AUGGGAAGCGCUAGGAGGCUUGCUUUGUUUUAUUUGUUUUGCAUUCAAAUCCUUGGCAAAGGAGGCGGUGGUUUCGGCAAGGGUGCUGGCAUUGGGGCUGGAGUCAGAGGAGGAGCUGCGGGUGUAGGUGCAGGAAUUGGAAAAGGUGGGGGAGCUGUCGGGGGCUUUGGAAAAGGAGGAGGAGGCAUUGGCAAGGGAGCUGGUGUUGGAGGUGGAGCUGGUGUUGGGUUCGAAAAAGGCGGUAGUGCUGAUGCUGGUGGAAAAGGCGGCGGAGGGGGCUUUGGAAAAGGUGUUGUAGGCGGAGGAGCUGGUGGUGGAUUUGGACAUAUGGGUUCAAGAAAUGGAAGUGGUGCUGGCGGUGGCUUCGGAAAGGGUGGUGGAGUUGGUGGCGGUCCUGAUAAUGUACUAUUUCUGGAGUGUUAUUUUGUUCAAUUUAUCCUGUGGCUGGACAAACUUUUAGCGCAGGAUUAUAGUGGAUCAUCUUUGGACAAGGUAAAAGGUUUGAAAGGUUGA